UAGUCUGCCUCAGUGCAAAGGGGUCAGUCACAGGAUUAGCACCUUGCUCAAAGCGUUGCAUCACUUUAUUACACUAUUUUUUUUACCUCCUUACUUUGACUUUCCCACUUCUUGCUCUUUGUGGGUCAUUUUUUUUUCUUCCAGCCUCCAGAGUAUGCUUAGUUCAGUUGAAGGUGAGUGGAUAUACUGCAUCAUGAGGCCUCAGGACUGAGUGCGUCUUGACCCUCUGCCACUGAAUGAAGCAUCUUCCAGGGGAAGGAGGACCAGAGCAGGGGCCGCCAGAGAAGUGAAGAGGCAGCUGGGGCAGCAUCUCGCCUGCUGUGGCAGAGUCUGGUCCGAGACUCUGGACGAGUCAUCCUCAUGCCACUUGUGAAUAACAAAGUGGGAGAUGAUUGCACAGUCGGCUCGGACAAGGCUUUGGCUGAUGGAGAGGCUCUGGUGGGGUCUUUAAUAAAGGUAGUGGCAUGUUACCGGCACUUGGCAUCAUGCGUUGGUGGAUGCACAGACAGCUUGCUGCUCAGGGACGAGCUCCGGCAAACCAGAGAAAAGGCCCAAAAGUUGGCCGUGUCCAUCUGCCACCACCUGACCGCACACCUGCGGGACAAGAGCCUGCCCGAGGAGCAGCGCAAGGAGAUGGAGCUCCUCUGGGUGGCCUUCUCCUCCAGCCUGGAGCUCCUCCAUGUUGACAUGUGCAAAGUCUUCAGCAUGGGCAAUGUCUUCUGUCUGGCAAACACUGCUACACUGGUGCAAACUGGCCUUCAAGGUGGAGGCAGUGAGGUUGCAGCUCGGGCUCUCAGUCUGCCAGACCUGAACAAGGCCCAGACUGCAGCCCCAGAUGCCAGCAUGGAGAUUCAGGAGCGUGGCGCCAUGGAGCAGGAGAUCAGCAACAUCGACCACAUGAUCAGCGACAUGGAGAUGAAGGUCAACGUGCUGCGCUGGAUGGUGGAGCCUCGGGGGCAGCAGUACGCAGACCCGCUCAGCAGCACCGACAGCGCCUCCCUGGCUCUGCUCUCCGUGGACGAGGAGCAGCCUGGACACCAGCCCCUCUGCCAGCGAAGCCACAUCUUUGUGAUCUCACUGCUGAUGGCAGUUGCUCUGUUGGCAGCAACUUUAUCUGUCUGUGUUGUCUUCUUCUCAUGAGCAAAAUGUCUAUACUCAACCACU